AUGAUUUUUGAUAAAGUUACAGGAGGUUAUUUUUGUAUUCCUGUUGAUGAAUCCCAAGACGAGUCUAAAAAAGAACAAAUGGCCCUUAUUUUGAGAUACGUCAAGAAUGAUGGUUUGCUAGGGAAACGGUUCUUUGAUAUCGUGGGUGUCAAAAAUACAUCUACAUUAACUCUUAAAAAAGAGAUAUCGAAUAUCUUUUCUCGAUUUAAUCUCAUUAUUCAAAACAUGCGUUGUCAAGGGUAUGACGAUGCUAGCAAUAUGCGUAGUGAAUGGAAAAGACUUCAAGCUUUAUUUCUUAAAGAUUGCCUAUAUGCAUAUUAUGUACAUUGCUUUGCACAUCGUCUGCAAUUAGCCUUUAUUGUGACAGUAAAAGAUGAGCCUAAUAUUUGGCAAUUUUUUUCUCACUUGAGUUGUAUUGUCAAUCUUGUUGCUUCUUCUUCAAAGCGCCUUAGUGAGUUAAAAUCUUUUCAUAUGAGUGAGGUUGAAAAUAUGUUGGCUAGUGGUGAGUGUCAAUCUGGUAAAGGGGCCAAUCAAAUUGGUACCUUGCAUCGAGUUGGAGCUACUCGUUGGAGCUUGCAUUAUGACUCUGUUAAAAACUUGUUUGAUAUGUAUGAGGCAUCUUAUGUAUUUGUUGAAAGUCUCAAGAAGAGUACAAAUCAACAAAUUCGUGAGCAAGCUUAUGGUGUUUACAAAGUAAUAAAGAGCUUUGAAUUCAUAUUCGUCUUAAACUUGACGGACAACAUUUUAGGAAUCAUGAAUGCACUUUGUCAAGCCUUGCAACAGAAAACUCAAGACAUCUUAAAUGCGAUGAAAUUAGUCUCUACAACAAAAGCUCUCCUUCAAAAACUUAGACAACAUGAUUGA